AGUCAGUCGUUCGUUGGUGCCGCUGCAGAGCGGAUUAACGCUCAAAAGAUUUGAAACUUCGCACCACGGAGGAGAGCAGCUCUCUAAAUCGGUCCAAGUUUUUAAAACCAAGCGAUAAACCCAUUCGAGGCCCAGGACACAGCAGCCAUGUCGGGCGCCUAUGAUGACUCCAUGAUUGAUGUCUCCAGUGAUAGCUUCUGGGAGGUCGGGAACCACAAACGGACAGUAAAGCGUGUAGAUGAUGGCAAUCGACUCUGUAACGAUCUGAUGAGCUGUAUUCAUGAACGCGCUCGUAUUGAAAAGGCCUAUGCACAGCAGCUCACAGAAUGGGGAAAGCGCUGGCGGCAACUUAUAGAGAAAGGCCCUCAGUAUGGUACAUUAGAGCAUGCUUGGGCUGCCCUGUGCACUGAGGCGGAGAAGGUUAGCGAGCUCCACGUAGAGGUGAAAUCUGCGCUAAUGGGUGAAGACUAUGAGAAGCUGAAGAACUGGCAGAAAGACUCGUACCAUAAACAGAUGAUCGGUGGCUUCAAGGAGACAAAAGAGGCUGAGGACGGCUUCCGAAAGGCUCAGAAACCUUGGGCCAAGAAGUUGAAAGAGGUAGAGUUGAUGAAGAAAGCCUACCACUCAGCCUGCAAAGAAGAGAAGCUGGCAGCCAGCAGAGAAAACAACAGCAAACUGGAGAGCAACAACAACCCCGAGACCCAGAAGAAACUUCAGGAAAAAGUGGAGAAGUGUCAGCAGGAGGUGCAGAAGGCGAAAGAACGCUAUGAGAAGAGCCUUGAAGAGCUCGACAAGUUGACCCCUCAGUAUAUGGAGAACAUGGAGCAGGUGUUUGAGCAGACGCAGCAGUUUGAAGACAAACGGAUUCACUUUUUCAAGGAGCUGCUUCUGGAGGUUAAGCGGCACCUGGACCUCUCAUCUAAUCCCAAUUUCCAGACGGUCUAUCACACGCUGGAGGACACGAUCUCUGCUACUGAUGUUGAAGAGGACUUGAAAUGGUUCCGGUCAAAUCACGGCCCCGGCAUGCCAAUGAACUGGCCCCAGUUUGAGGAUUGGUCCGUAGAUCUGAACCGAACACUCAGCAGACGAGAGAAGAAGAAACCGUCGGAGGGUGUCACACUGACCGGGAUCAGUCAAACUGGAUCAGAGCAGCAUGUUCAGCCUGCAAAGACCAGCAGCAGCCUGACUGUACCUACUAAAACAGCACCAGUGGGCACUAACCCGUUUGAAGACGAGGAGGAUGAGGAAGAGGAGGUGGCCGAGGAGCAGCAGCAGAAAACAGAAAACCACGUCACUGUGAAAAAAGAAGAAAUAAAAACUGUCAGCAGUGCAGAAAAGACUCCAGACUGGUCGGACGAAGACACAGUUGGGAACCCUUUCUCCACCAACGGUGACAGUAAUCCAUUUGAGGAAGAACCUGAGUCUCCGGUCAUAUCUGUGCUUGUCAAAGCCCUUUAUGACUAUGAAGGACAGGAGCAGGAUGAGCUCAGUUUUAAAACAGGUGAUGAAUUUACCAAAAUUGGUAUAGAGGAUGAACAAGGUUGGUGCAAAGGCCGGCUCAAGGAUGGAAAAAUGGGUCUUUAUCCUGCUAAUUACGUAGAAGACGUCCAAUAAGGAAUCACCCCCGAUGAUCUAAAUGUGAAGAAAGGAUUUUUCGUCAGUGCAAAAAGACUAGAGGCUCAACUUGAAAUACUGUGUACAGUCUAGACUAAAACAGGAGUACAACAGUGUGUUGUGCAGACUUUAAGGACCUGAGGACAUGAAAUAUUGUUGCAUGUUUGACAUCUUCUAAAACAAAAAUGCAGAAGUGGAAAGUAACUUUGAGUUAUUAGAUAUUUCCAGGAAGAUCACAGAUAAGUUGUGUAAGAUAUGUUACUUUAAAUCAUUUAUGCUGUUACAGAGAAAGCUAUUCAAUUCUAGACUAAAUGAGAUGUUUGUAUUUAUGUAUUGGUUAAACAAAACACUGGGAUGACAACCUGCUUAUGUCAUGCAGCCUUAAUAUUUGUAAUUCAUUAAGGGAGAUUAAUUUUUAUAGCCAG